AUGACAACCAGACACAAUGUUCGUGAUAAUGGAGCAUCCUGCUCCAACACCCAUCGUUCAAGGGAGCAAUCACGAAGCCAAGGGUUGCAUGCUUCUUCAUCUUCCUGCCCUGGAAGACGCUAUCCUGCCAAUGAAGAUAUUUCGGGUCCUUCAAUAGAAGAUCGAAUGCGUAGAAUGGAGGAGUCUCAAUUAGAGAUUCUACAGCUCCUACGCGGGGCUCAACAGCCGCUGCCCACACCACUGGAUGAAACUCGCUUACCACUGCCCACACCAUUAACUACGCGGCGUACAGGAAACAUAUCGUUCGGAGGAACUCGUACCGCCCCGCCUCCUCAAGAAGGAACACAUCCCAUGUUAGGUCGUGAUGUUGAACUCCUAGAUACCGCGAGUUCCACUCAUCCAUCUCGUGCAGCUCGUCCGACAUCGCCACAUCUUCCUGUCAUUUCAGAUGAUGUCAUUCGUAAUGAACUACGACGCCUCGUCCGAGAAGAGUCAUUAUUUGCCUCAGAACCUAUAGAAGAUGGAGACUGUAUAUUAAAGAUUCCAUAUACUGUGCACCUCACACCUGAUAAAAUUAUCCCCGAAGUCGAGUCUCUCAUUGUUGAUGAUGUUGGAACAAUAUCUCGUCUUGCUGUGGUUCUUUUAGCUGAACAGAAACUAGGGAAGAAUUCUGAUUGGUUUCCUUACCUCAAUAGUCUCCCUCAUGCUGCUAAUAUGCAUAACACGAUUUUUUGGGCUCCAGAGGAGUUGGAUAUGAUUCGGCAAACCUCAACAUAUCAUGAAACUGUCAACUUGAAAACUUUCUUAGCAAGAGAAUUUUCAGCUCUAAAGCCUGUUUUAGAACAUUUUCCUUCAGUAUUUGGAAACGUCAGAUUGAAUGAUUUCAUGCUUGCAUAUACCUUGGUUAUUUCUCGAGCAUGGGGAACCUCUAGUGGCGUUUCCUUGGUUCCAUUUGCAGAUUUUCUUAAUCAUGAUGGGGCUUCAGAGGCAGUUUUGCUUAGUGAUGAUGAUAAGGAGAUUUCAGAGGUGAUUGCGGAUCGAAAUUAUUCUGUUGGCGAAGAGGUUCUGAUAAGAUACGGGAAGUUCUCAAAUUCUGUGCUCAUGUUGGACUACGGAUUUACCCUUCCACAUAAUAUUAAUGACCAGGUCCAAAUCUUCAUGGAGGUCCCAUUAUAUGACCCUCUACACAAAAUGAAGACGGAGCUUCUUCAUAAGCAUCCUCAGCUACCAACUGGAAAAGAUAAUUUUUUCAGCUCUUCUGGGCGCACUUUUAAAAUCAUGGAAGUGAAAACUUCAGGUAGAAUAGGAAAAGGCAUUCCACAAGCACUUCGUGCUUUUGCGAGGAUCUUAACAGUCUCGGCAUCUGAAGAAUUAACUGUAUUGGCCGCUGAGGCAUCUCAAACUGAUGGAAGAUUAGCUCGAAGCCCUUUAAAGGACAUGGGUAAUGAGAUCCAAGCUCACUGUAUCUUGCUUUCAGAAUUCAAUCGCAUGAUAAAUUGUCGCGUCGAGGCACUCAAGGGGCUUGAAUCACCAAAUGUCCCGUAUUGCGGAACCCAACUCUCUGUUAGAAAACAAAUGGCAAUUGAUUUGCUUGGAGGUGAGAUCAGAGUAUUAAAAUCCGCCGCUGCCUGGAUUGCAGACUACUGUGAAAGUAUAUCCACUCGAGCUCAUCAGGUCUCCUCUUCUGCGAUUAGGUGAAGGCAGUUGGGCAAGGGGCAAGUAGCAGGGGGCGGCGGAGGAGGCCGGCGACUGGCAGGUG